GGGCGGUGUUUUCCGGCGGCUGGCUGUCGAGCCGAGUCCCACCUGUGUCCCCACAGCCCUGUCACGAAUCCCGGCCGGGUUCUGGGAGGGACCGCCAAGGCGUUGCGGGCCCGGUGCGGCCCGGCGGUGGAGGACACACUUUGUGCUCCAUCUCCGGCUGGGCCCGGGAAGGAACUAAUGACCCUCAAUGAUGUGGCUGGGGACUUCAGGGAAGAGUGGGUUACCUGGACACUGCUUUGAGAGACCUCUUCAAGAAUACCACCCAGCACGGUUAGAAGACUGGGCUCUCAAAGGGAUUUCUAGACCAAGUGUAAUCUCCCAGCUGGAGCAGAAAGAAGAGCCAUGGGUCCUGCCACUCCAAAAUUUUGAAGCGAGGAAAAUUCUAAGGGAAAGUCACACAGACUUUAAGAACCAGGUGGUAAAACUUGAUCAGGACAUUCCUGAAACAACAGAACCAUGUGGAACAUCCUCAGAAAGGGCCAAUAAAGAUAUUUCUCAUACUCCUAGUUGGGGAGGCAACUGGGAGGGGGGUCUUGAAUUAGAAGAGGAGCAUGGAACCCUCCCAGGAGAGGGCCGGCAGGAGCCCUUUUCACAGGAGAAGGAAUUAAACAAGCUCCUGGAAGGAUAUAUAGGAAAGAAGCCUGUGUGUACAGAAUGUGGAAAAAGCUUUAACCAGAGUUCCUAUCUCAUAAGACACCUAAGAACUCAUACUGGUGAGAGGCCUUACAAAUGCAUCGAGUGUGGGAAAGGCUUCAAGCAGAGUUCAGACCUUGUCACCCACCGAAGAACGCACACAGGAGAGAAACCCUACCAAUGUAAUGGGUGUGAGAAAAAAUUCAGCGACAGCUCAACACUCAUCAAACAUCAGAGAACCCACACGGGUGAGAGACCCUACGAGUGCCCGGACUGCGGGAAGACUUUUGGACGGAAGCCACACCUCAUAAUGCACCAAAGAACCCACACAGGAGAGAAGCCCUACACUUGCCUCGAAUGUCAUAAAAGCUUUAGUCGUAGCUCCAAUUUCAUCACCCACCAGAGGACCCACACAGGAGUGAAGCCUUACAGGUGUCAUGACUGUGGGGAGAGUUUCAGCCAGAGCUCGGAUUUGAUUAAGCACCAGCGAACCCACACAGGAGAACGGCCCUUUAAAUGCCCGGAGUGCGGGAAGGGCUUUAGAGAUAGUUCUCACUUUGUAGCUCACAUGGGCACUCACUCAGGGGAAAGGCCGUUCACUUGUCCUUACUGCCACAAAAGCUUCAGUCAGAGCUCACAUCUGGUCACGCACCAGAGGACACACACAGGCGAGAGGCCUUUUAAGUGCGACAGCUGUGGGAAAGGAUUUGCUGACAGCUCAGCCCUCGUUAAGCACCAGCGGAUCCACACGGGAGAAAGGCCCUAUAAAUGUGGCGAGUGUGGGAAGAGUUUCAAUCAGAGCUCCCACUUCAUCACCCACCAACGAAUCCACCUAGGAGACAGACCCUAUCGCUGCCCUGAGUGUGGCAGAACCUUCAAUCAGCGUUCCCACUUUCUCACACACCAGAGAACACAUACAGGAGAAAAACCUUUCCACUGUAGUAAAUGUGACAAGAGCUUCCGUCAGAAAGCACAUCUUUUAUGCCAUCAAAACACCCAUUUGAUCUGAGAAGUGAUCUUUAGUGGGUCUGCUGCUCCCUUCUAAAUUUCUACAGCUAUUACCUUUAAGUUCUCCAAAUAGAGAAAACCUGAACCUGGGCAUCAGCGGCUCAAGUUGGGCCCCGAUCUGUUCCCUUUUUUUCCAUGCUUUUACUGGCGAGGAUAAGCCUAGAGGGUCCAAAUAAUGUUCUGAAUACAAAGGGUAUUCCUUUUUUAGUGGUUUUGACUGAUUCUGAGACACAAAAACAUGUUUAAUGAUUGAUGCCUGGUUACUAAAAGUGAAAUGAGAUAAAUGUAGUCACAUGAUCAUUAUUAAUGGUUAACAUUUGAGAUCUUAUACAGAGCCCUUAAUGUAAUACUGGGCCCUUAAAAGACACUCAGUCCAAGGUUGGUUGCUUUUAUCAGUUUUAUUACUCAAGAAAUUUAUUAGUGCAACCCCACAAGCCCAGAACUUGCAAGAAAUCUAAGAUUGGAAGUAGAAGAUUUGGGAUGUGAACAUAUAAAUAUAAUGAAACAGAAAACACUCUCUUAAUCCAGUGCUAUGCAGGCAGUAGUCACCAGAUGUCUCAUUGCCAUGACGAGGCAGAAUUACCGUAGAGGAUGUCUGCGGUCUUGUGACUCAGAGGCUGAAAGAAUUUCCGAAGCUCCUUGUACAGCAGUGUGUGAGGUACUGUCACUGAAGGUUUGCUGCCAUCUGAGGCAUAGAAAGUAUCCUGUGAUGGACAAGCCUCAGGGCCCCAGAAGAGGACGGUAAAAUUGUGGAAGCAAAAUUGCUGAGAACAUUAAACGGUACUGCAGGGAUUCUUUCUGGUCUUUAGCUGAAGGAAAUAACUCUUGGUUUCUAAUUAGCUGGGUCAUUGGCCCUUAAGUUUUAAGUUAGUGCAACUCUGAUCCUUUUAGGGUCACUCAUUUUAUGCACUAUAUUUAAUUGAAAUAUAGUCCUAUAUUUAAUUGAAAAAAUUUAGGGAAGGCAGUGUGUUGGGAGGGACACUGACUUCAUGAGAAGACGUGUUUGAGUCCUGGCCCUGACACUUAAUUGGCCAGACUUUCACCUUCUCUCAGGUCCUACCUUACCUACCUCACAAGGUUGUUGUGAGGAUCUAAUACACACCUGCACACGCACACACGCACGCACACACUCAAGCACUUUGUUGUUAAACUAUAAAGUAUAACAUCUCUAAAGUUUAAUGUUACAGUUUUGUUGCUAGUGUCUUUUUUCUGAGGAACUCUGGCUAGUAUUUCUCCAGGUGUCCCGUUUUCUCUCAUAUUGAGGGACUUGUUUUUUUACCUGUUGAAAACCUAGGGCCUUAAAAUGCUAAUUGACUCAUUAUGAGUCACACAGUUAACAGAAGAGCCAGAAUCUGUCUGCUGGUCUCCUCUUCAGCAGCAUAGAACAGACCAGCUCUGGGAUAUGUUAGAGUGUCUGAGACACCGCAGGACUGGAGGACCCAUAUUACAUCCACUAGACCACUCUGAAUUUGGAAAUGAUGGAGGGAUGUACCCAGAGUUCCCAACAGCUUUCCAGGAUCCUGUGCUGGGGUCCUUGAUCCUCACGGAGUAAGGUGGGGUGCUAACAGCAGAUGUAAGUGGUUGAGGAGGGAGCUGGGCAUUUAACACUCUCCAGAGAAAAGUGGUAAACUGAGGGUUUUUUAUUUCAGCCUUCCUAUGUCAAUACAGACUAAAUUAAUACAUCAGCCUUGGAACACGAGUUCUCUUCCAUUAUGUAGGAUGCUGAGUGCUGUAGCUCAUGGGGAAUAGAACUCAGCUGAUACCUAAACCCUUUCUUUAGAUAAUUGAUCAGAAAAAAAAAUCUGGUUACAGCAGCACAGUAAAUUCUUAAAAUGUGAGCCCAGACCAGUAGCAUUGUCAUCACCUGGGAACUUGUUAGAAAGAGUCCCCACCCCAGAGUUACUGAACUGGAAACUCUAGAGGUGGGGCUUAGCAACAUGUAGAUUAAUAAGCCUUCCAGGUGGUUCUAAUGCAUGCUCAAGUCUGAGAAUCACUGCUUUCAAAGGUAUCUCUUCUACUAAACAUGGCCAUGAUACGAUUAUUACUCCUAAAAGGUAUUUGGUGAAAAAUAUCAAAUACUCCAGUUAACAUUCACGUUUCCCUAGUUAUACUUUUGGGGGCGGGGGAAUUAGGUUUAUUUAUUUAUUUCUAGAGGAGUUACUGGGAAUUGAAUCCAGGGCCUUGUGCAUACUAAGCAUGCACUCUCCUCUCCCCCUGCCUUUCCCCCCACCUUUGGUUUUUCAGUUUGUCUGAACCAAAAUCCAAAUAAGGUCUCUACAUUUGAUUGGUUGAUAUGUUCCUUACAAGUCUUGAUCAAAAGUCCUCCCUCUUCUCUCUCCUUUUCUUACCUCAUUUGUUGGGGAGAAAAAACCUUACUCUUUAAGUGUCUCCCACAGGUCUGUAUUUUCCUAAUUUCAUCCUAUAGGGUCCUUUAACAUACUCCUCUAUCCUCUAAUUUUCUAAUAUUGGUAGUUGGAUCUGUAAAUAAGAUCAGAUUCAGAUUAGGGGGGGAGCACGAAUACUCCAUAGUGUUCUUAUGUACUUGUAUCAAGAGGUACCUGGUGGUUUUGUUGUUGUUUUGUCUCUUUACUUACGAUGUUAGCAGCCUUUGAUAAGCCCUUACCUCACUUGGGUGUGACAGGUGGUGAUACAGCUGUCAUUUCUUCUUUUAUUAGCUGGAAAGCUUCUAUAAAGAGAACUCCCCUAAU